AUGGCCGAAGCCGCGAGAGCCGAGGGCGGCGCGGUGGACGCGGAGGGCCUCAUCAGCGAGGAGGAGGGGCUCGACGAGGGCGAGCACGUGCCGUCUCCCGACGGCGCUGCCGCUGCGGCAGUCGAGCCCGAGCCGAUCGUGCCCGAGGAAGUGUACCGGAGCACGGGGUGGAACGCGCAGGGCCAGGAGCAGUGCACCUUCUACUGGAUGGCGGUGCGGGUCGCGGAGGGCCCCGAGCUGUUCGUCAGGGCGCGGUUCCUGUUCAGCGACGACGCCUACUGGGACUGGUGGGCCUCGAAUGCUGGAACGCCAGGCGCGAUCAAGGCGUCGUUCCUGCUGCACGUCUGCCGGGACGUGCCUUGCGACGUCCAGCCCCCCCGUGCGUGCGAGGAGCUGGUCCACGUGACGGACGCUGUGCGCCUGGGCCGAGAGGAGGUCGAGGCUGCCUUCGACGAGUGCCACGCGAGCAAUCCAGAGGCGGUGCGGCCCGCGCAGCUCCUUUGGCCGCGCGGGGGCGGCGGCGGACGCCCCCCUGCUCUCCGCCGCGGCGAGCGCCCGGCGCUUGCGAGAGGGCCGCCUGCCGGACCCUUCGACGAGCUCUUGGAGGGCCAGGCUCUCGCCGAGCUCGAGGCGGCGCCGUCGGGCCAGCCCGCGCUCCGCGAGGCCCUGCAGAGCAAGCUGCAGGCCGCGAGGGUGCGCUUCGCCGACGCGGCGGGCCCCGCGAGGGCAGGCGCGGCUGCUGCUGCGGGCCCAGGCGCCCCCGCCGCGGCUGCCAAGCCACCAAAGCGCGGGCUGGCAGCGAAGCGGGCGCACUGCAGGAAGCUCGCGACGGAGUGUCUGGGCAGGCUGUCGGAGCUCACCCUCGGCGAGAUGGCGUCGUUCCUGGGCGGCCUCGAGGGGGAGACGUCGGUGGACCCGUCGUCGGCGAUCGCGCUGCGAUACCUCCUCACAGUCUACCUGCCGCAGAAUCCGGUGACGCAGAUCGGCUCCGAGGCCUACCGCGAGAUGCGGACGCUGUCGGAGGCGAUCGACUGCCUGCUCCAGGGCAAGACGGCGCAGACCCUGGACCUGCUGACCCAGCGACUGAAGGCGCUCCAGACCGCCGUUGGCGACGGCCACUGGCACGCGGCGAAGUGGCUCGAGCUGAUCCCUGCCCGCGACCAGCCGACGACGCUCAGGAACGAGGAGGAGGAGAUGAUCCGCAGCAUCGAGAUGGGCGAGCUCAAGCUGGAGGAGCUGUCGGCGAAGCUGCGGAAGCCGGGGCCCACCGCAAGUGAUUGGGACGCCGGCGGCGCCCCCGGCGGCCCCAGCAGCGUGCCGGAGCGAUUCUGGGCCGCCGCGCUCUGGGCCCAGAAUCCUGGCCGCGGCGCCCGUGGCGGCCCCGGCGGCCCCAGCAGCGUGCCGGAGCGAUUCUGGGCCGCCGCGCUCUGGGCCCAGAAUCCUGGCCGCGGCGCCCCCGGCGGCCCCGGCGGCCCCAGCGGCGUGCCGGAGCGAUUCUGGGCCGCCGCGCUCUGGGCCCAGAAUCCUGGCCGCGGCGCCCGCGGCGGCCGCGGCGGCCCCAGCGGCGUGCCCGAGCGAUUCUGGGCCGCCGCGCUCUGGGCCCAGAAUCCUGGCGGGGGCGCGGCGGGGGCGGCUGCUACCCCUGUGGCUGGCGCUGGCGAGGCGGCCAGCUGGCGGGCCUCGAUCGGCGGCCGCUUCGGCGCGGAGGUCUCGGAGGUCGACUUCGCGAUCCACUUGAUGCAGCUCGUGGAGUACCACCCUGGCAGCCUGGGAUACAUCUGCAUACAGUUCUCAGCGCACGUGACCACACUUUGCGGGAGCGGCAUUCGCGUUCGCGACCUUCUGCCGCUGCCCCUACCUGAUGUUACGGCUGCCAGGCCAUGGAUGGAGGAGGCCUGGCUCUUUGUGGUGGUGGUCGGCCUCAACUACCUGUACUGCGGCCGCUGCAAGGAGGCUUGGAGGCACCACCCGCGUUUGUCGCUGGCGCAGGAGCGGCCCCUGGCUUUCUUGCGGGAGCGCGUCAUGAGCUUCGUCGGGGACCCGUUCAACCAGGUCGUCGUCCCCUCCGCGAGUGCGGCCCUGGCUGAGUCGACGGUCGACUACGCGGGUGAGCCGGUUGCGAAGGCGUUGCCCUGCGUACUCGCGGAGCUGGCCCCAGGGCUGCCUCAGGCCGAGCACGCUGCGACGCUGGAGGCGCUGGACUUCGUGGGGCCCGACGUUGCAGAAUGGCUCUCGGCGCCGGAAAGGGCCCUCCUGCCCGAGGCAGACUGGCCCGCCCCCCUGCCGCGGGCGAGGGUCAACGUCGACUCCGAGGCGGGGUGGCGUGAGCUCGCCGUUCACCUCGUUGACCUCGGGAUCUUCACGGCGCUGCCCGAGGAGAGGCUCAUCCGGGUGCGGGGCGAGCUGCUUCUCAACGGCCUCUUCGCGGUCGAGAAGAAGGGCGUGCCAGGCCCUGGGGCCGCCCGCGUCACCAGGCUCAUCUUGAACAUGGUGCCAGGCAACGCUCUGCUCAAGCCGCACGUGGGCGAGGCGUCGGGGAAGCUGCUGCUGUGGUCGGGCGACGACCAGAAGGGUGCCUUCUUCGUCUGGAGGGCGCCCGCGGCCUGGCACCCGUACACGGCGGUGGGGAGGCCGCUCCCUGGCGCGCUGUUCGGCCGCCCCGAGCGCCAGGUGCACCUCGCGUCCGCCGUCGUCGCGAUGGGCUGGAUGCUGGCCGUGCCCGUCUACCAGCAUAUCCACCGCAGGCUGUGCCGCCUGCCGCCGCCGUCAGGCGCGGGCUCGCCGCCUGACCUGGAGUGGCGGAAGGACGAGGCCCGCCCCACCGUCGAGGCAGGCAGCGGGCGCGAUGCCGGCUGGUGGCAGGUCUACAUCGAGGAAGUGCGCGCUCGCCAGAUGAUAGGCACUGAGGCCGACCUGCAGCAGCAUGCAAGAGAAAGCUACCGGCGGGCUGGCGUUGCGUACUCGGCCGAGAAGGCGCACCUGCGCCAGCUGCGGGUCGAGCGCAUGGGCGCGGACAUCGACGGAGAGAGCGGGAGGCUUGCGGCGCCGCGGCAAAAGGUCUUGGCCACUGCGGCCCUCUGCCUCGCGACGCGGGCGCUGGAGACUGUGCCGCGGCGGGUGUGCAUGACGGUCCUCGGGAAGCUCGUGCGGGCGUUCGAGUUCAGGCGCCCGCUCUUCGGCCUGCUGAACUCCAUCUGGGCGCUCUCAGGCGCGCGCACAGCUGUGCGCUACAACGCCGAGAUGGUGGAGGAACUGGUCCUCAGCCUCAUGCUGUUGCCUGCGGCUGCCACCUCCCUGCGCAGCCACCUCGACGGCGUGGCCACCGUGUCGGGCGCCUCGGAGUUCGGUGGCGGCGUCUGCGCGUCCACGGGCUUGAGGCUCGAGGCUCACACGGCACUCGGGGCAGCUGGCGAAGUUGCAGAUCACCUCGGAGUUGGGGCGCGGCUCCUGAACAUGCCGACGGACCCGCGGCGCCUGUGGGCGACGUCGAACCCUCGCAUCCCGGCAUCAGUCGUCGUCAGAGUGCUCAACGUGCUUGUGGUGGGCCUGUUCGACGGCAUCGGGGGCCUCGCUGCGGCCUUCUCGCGGCUGCCCGUGCGGAUUGUCGCCUACGUCGCGGCCGAGACGGACGCGGGGGCCAGGCGGGUGGUCAGGCUGCGCUGGCCAGGAGCGAUCGACUGGGGCGACGUCACGCGCGUUGACGAGCGCUGCGUCGAGGACCUGGUCGCCGCCUUUGGCCAUGUCGUCGACGUCUGCGUCGCGGGCGCUGGCAGUCCAUGCCGGGACCUGUCUCGCCUCAACGCGAGCGGAGGCGGCCUACGAGGACGCAAAAGCUCGCUGUUCUUCGAAGUCCCGAGGAUCUUCAGCCUCCUGCGGAGGGCCUUCGACAGGAAGCUUUACUCUCUGCUCGAGAACGUGGCCAGCAUGUCGGAGGCCAACGUCCGUGCGAUCACCGAGCGCACGCAGGUUGUGCCCUACUUGAUCUGCUCGUCGGCCCUCGUUCCGUGCCGAAGGCCGCGGCUCUACUGGCUCAGCUGGCAGCUGCAGCUCGCGGAGCCGCACAGCAUCGUCGACAGGGGCUUCUGCUUGGAGGUCGUUGCAGAGACGGGCGCGGCGAUUGACUUCGACUGGGAGGGCGCCGGCUGGCGCUGGGACGGGCGCCCUGCCCCGUUCCCGACGCUCGUGUGCUGCAGGCCGCUGCCGAGCUUCCCGUCAGCCCCGCGUGGGCUCGCCCAGGCCACGAGCGAGGCUAGAAGCCGUUGGCAGGCCGACUCCUUUCGCUAUCAUGUUUCGCUGUACGAGGACAAAAACCUUCUGCGAUGCCUUGCUAGCGAUCGGCCUAGACGACUCCCGAGCUGCGAGGAAAGAGAGCGGUUGCUGGGAUUCGAUGUCAGCUACACCGCCGCAGCCACGAAAGGCUCGAACCCGAUCGACGCGGCGGACGCCAGGUGUUUCCUCCUCGGCAACAGCUUCAGCGUGCACGCCGUGGCAUGGGCUUCGCAGCACGUCCUCCUGGCGGAAGGGGCUCUAGAGCGGCCCUUCGCGGUCGAGGAGCUGGCGCACGUGGGCCAGUGCCGCGAGACCUGGGACCAGUGCGGGACCUUCGAGGACAGCGCGGGCAUCCCGGACACCGAAGAGGCGAGGUCCCUGGUCCUGCACUACCUCAGCCGGGCGGAAAAGGGCGGCUCGGACAUCCGCCUCGACUGCGGCCUGUCCUACCGUGCAAGAGGUUGGCCGAGGUCGAGCCUGGGCCCUUUCGUGUGGCGUUGGCGAGUCGUCCUGAGCAUGGCGCGGCCGCGGGAGAGGCGCGCGCACAUCAACGCGCGCGAGCUGCAGGCGACGCUGGCGGCGCUGCGCUGGAGGGCGCGCAAGUCAGCGCGGCACGGCUCGCGCUGGCUGCACCUCGUGGACAGCCAAGUGCGCACGCAGACGCUGGCAUCGCUGCGGGUCGGCGCUGCGACCCGAAGGAGAUAUGCCGCUGCGGUCCGAGAGCUCCUGAGGCACUACGAGGUGAGCCCCCAGGAUAUCGGAGCCCUCGGCGACGACGGGGAGGAUGCCGACAGCCUCGUCGCCAAAUUCCUUGAGGCACAGUGGAGCGAGGGAGCUGGCAUCGCGCUCGCCAAUAACACUGUGGCGGGCGUGAUCUUUGCGGUGCCCAGGCUGCGGCGGCGCCUGGACCUCUCCUGGGCGCUGCUGAAGGCGUGGCGCCGCGCCGAGCCUGCAGGCCGGGUUCUGCCGUUCACGCCCGAGAUUGCGGGGGCCAUGGCUGGCCUGGCAGCGGAGGCGGCGGCGUUCGACGUGGGCGCCUUGCUCCUCAUCGGCUUCGAGGGCAUGCUGCGCGGCGGCGAGGCCUUCGCCCUCCGCGGGCAGGAUGUGAUGGAUCGAGGCGAAGUCAUCGUCCUCCGUAUCAACACGUCCAAGACGACGGCGGGCAAAGAUGGCGCCGAGGCCGUGGUCAUCCGCUCGCGAGUCGCAAAGGAGAUGCUGCGGCUGGUUGUGCGGCAUCGGCGCGCCGACGAGCCUCUGUCGCGGCGGUCGCCCGCGCAGCUGAGGAGCGCGCUGGCGGCCCUGGCGCGCGGGCUGCUGCUACCAGGCCCGUCCUCGUGGCAUUCGUGCCGCCGCGGAGGCGCUUCCGACUUUUUCCUGAAGUCGUCUUCGAUGGAGGCCACGCUGGUCGCGGGCCGCUGGGCGUCAUCGAUGACGGCGCGGCUCUACGUGGAGGGCGCCGUCGCCGACCUGGUGAAGGUGCGGCCCCAGGACCAGGCCGCCUCAGCCGUACAGUACG